UAUAUAAAAAGAAGCAACCUAAAAGUAGAUCUACUGAAUUCAAGGAUAAGCUUCAGACAUUUAUUUCAAAUUAUGGACUCAUUCGAUGGCUCUUUCUCUUUGGUUUUUUCUUCAUUACUUCUGUUUUGUAGUUUCACUUCUCUUGUGGCGAUAUAUUGUGGAAAGAAACGCGGAAAGAAACAUAAAGGGAGAAAAACCGCACCUAAACAGAAGUCGGGUGGAUGCUGUGGUUGUUGCCGGAAGAAGAAGGUGAAGGCGCCACGUCAUUCCGGACAGAAAAAAGGCAGGACGCCAUCAAAAUCUAAGACACCAUCUCCGCGCAUAACUGAAAAGGUCCGUCCUGGACACGCUAAGAAGAAUGACUAUAUGACACUUGGGAACAUAGAUGUCGACAUAUUCAAAAAGAUGGAUGUGAACAAGAAGCGUCACAGCGAUAGCAAAAAACUUCCAGUACAAAGUAGCAAAACAAAACUCAAAAAAUAUUUUCAUAACAACCUUUUUUAG